AUGGAGGGCAUGGAGAAGCACCACAAGACCCUCAUGCACUGGCUGUCUGCCAUCCUUGACGUCAUUACCGACGCUGAGAAGCAGGCAUCUCGUCGAGGAGGAGUGAAGAAAUGGCUCGAGGAGCUCAAGGCGGCGGCAUAUGAGGCGAACGAGGUCUUUGAUGACUUUGAGUACGAGGCGCUCUGCCGUCGAGCCAAGAAGAAUGGGCACAUCGCCAAGCUUGGCAUUAUGGCUGGAGUAAAACUCUUCCCUACCCACUGUUAG